GCUCUCGGCGCCGCCUCCUGCUCCUCCCGCCGCUUCCCUGAGUCACUGCCUGCGCAGCUCCGGCCGCCCGGUUCCCCGUGCUGUCCACCGAUAUUUGGCGUUCUUAAAACAUGGCAGACAUUGACAACAAAGAACAGUCUGAACUUGAUCAAGAUUUGGAUGAUGUUGAAGAAGUAGAAGAAGAAGAAACUGGUGAAGAAACAAAAAUCAAAGCGCGUCAGCUGACUGUUCAGAUGAUGCAAAAUCCUCAGAUUCUUGCAGCCCUCCAAGAAAGACUUGAUGGUCUGGUAGAAACACCAACAGGAUACAUUGAAAGCUUGCCUAGGGUAGUUAAAAGACGAGUGAAUGCUCUCAAAAACCUUCAAGUUAAAUGUGCACACAUAGAAGCCAAGUUCUAUGAGGAAGUUCACGAUCUUGAAAGAAAGUAUGCUGUUCUCUAUCAGCCUUUAUUUGAUAAGCGAUUUGAGAUCAUUAAUGCAAUUUAUGAACCUACAGAAGAAGAAUGUCAAUGGAAACUAGAUGAAGAAGAUGAAAUUUCGGAGGAGCUGAAAGAAAAGGCCAAGAUUGAAGAUGAGAAAAAGGAUGAAGAAAAAGAAGACCCCAAGGGAAUUCCUGAAUUUUGGUUGACUGUUUUUAAAAAUGUUGACUUGCUCAGUGAUAUGGUUCAGGAACAUGACGAGCCUAUUCUGAAGCACUUGAAAGAUAUUAAAGUGAAGUUCUCAGAUGCGGGCCAGCCUAUGAGUUUUGUCUUAGAAUUUCACUUUGAACCCAAUGACUAUUUCACAAAUGAAGUGUUGACAAAGACAUACAGGAUGAGGUCAGAACCAGAUGAUUCUGAUCCCUUUUCUUUUGAUGGACCAGAAAUUAUGGGUUGUACAGGGUGCCAGAUAGAUUGGAAAAAAGGGAAGAACGUCACUUUGAAAACCAUUAAAAAGAAGCAGAAACACAAGGGACGAGGGACAGUUCGUACUGUGACCAAAACGGUUUCCAAUGAUUCUUUCUUUAAUUUUUUCGCCCCUCCUGAAGUUCCUGAGAGUGGAGACCUGGAUGAUGAUGCUGAAGCUAUCCUUGCUGCAGACUUUGAAAUUGGUCACUUUUUACGUCAGCGUAUAAUCCCAAGAUCAGUGUUAUACUUUACUGGAGAAGCUAUUGAAGAUGAUGAUGAUGAUUAUGAUGAAGAAGGUGAAGAAGCGGAUGAGGGUUAUCAGCUCUUUGAAGAAGUCAAAAGCUGCAGUAAACUUUUUCAACGUUGGCUGCAGUAAAUCUUUUCAAUAAAAGCUGUCUGGAUGUCUCAAGUUGUGUUGGGAAAUUUUUCAUAUUAGAAGCUUUCAGAUUAAAUUGCAUUGUCACCAAACUCUGUAAUCAUGAAAAUCUGUUGACCUAUAGAGUAACUUGUAUUAAAUUCUCCCUACAUUAUGAGCCAUUUCUUGCUACUGUGUACCUACUUCAUGGAUGCAUUUUGAACUUUAAUAUAGGAAGGGGAAGAAGAAGAUGAGGAAAAUGAUCCAGACUAUGACUCAAAGAAGGAUCAAAACCCAGCAGAGUGCAAGCAGCAGUGAAGCAGGAUGUAUGUGGCCUUGAGGAUAACCUGCACUGGUCUACCUUCUGCUUCCCUGGAAAGGAUGACUUUUCAUCAUUUGACAAGCCUAUUUCAAGUUUUUUUUUGUUGUUUGUUUGCUUGUUUUUGUUUUUGCAGCCUAAAAUAAAAAUGUCAAAUAUAAUUUUAGUUCUCACAAGAUAAUGUCUUAAUUUUGUACUAAUUCAGGUAGAAGCAGAGUCCUAGCUUGGAUUAAUAAGCCUUGUACCCAGUUUACCAUAUUGAAGAAAAGGGUGCCAACUUUGGAAGAGGUGCACUGCAUCUCCUAACAAGAAAGGAAAAACAGAGAGAGACAAAAUCUUAAAUGAUGUAAUGUUGUUUUUUAAAGAAAGAUUAAGAAGUUAAGUUUUAUUUCCUUCAGUUAGAAUGAGGGCGGGCCCCAGGCCUCUAUGGUUAAUUCCAGUUCUUUUUGCUUAAAGUAUUAGUAUGUUAUUUACCCAUGCUUCUGUUUACUGUGUAUUAAAAUGGGUAGUACUGUUUACUUAACUACCUCACAGAUGUGUUAGGCACAUUAAGUUCAAUUUUAUGAAAUGUUUUUCAACCUUAACAAUUUGGACCUAUUUGCACCACAAGUAUGAUAUUCAGCAUUUUAUUCAUACCAGGGUUUGAUAAAUAAACUGGAAAACAAAGGUUAAGUACUUUAUUCUGGAUGUGGUCAGGCAACACUCUUGGCCUUUGUGUGGCUCCUAUUUUAAUACAAGUAGAUGGAUAACCAACUAUUUCAAAAGGUCCAAGGAUUGUUUUUAGGUAUUUUAGUUAUGACCAUACUGUAGAAAUCAUGGGACUAAAAUAGAAAUAAGACCAUUUUUAGGGGGGGAAAUGCCAUUAAAUUUGAGACUGGAGCCACAUUUAAAAUACCUCAGGCUAAUUACUGUUAAUUUUUUGUGGUGAACUUAUGAAAAGCUUUGACAGUGAGAGUGAACUAAUUGGAUUGUAAUUAGAGGACAGCUUAGAGUUUCUGCACUUAAAUAAAAUUACAUUAGGUUCAUUUUUAGAGGUAAUACAGCUUCCAUUUUGAAAAUUUAGUACGAAGGUCUUAGAAUGUGAACACAUUUUGCUAUUUCUAUGGUACUAUCCAUUCCGCCCCUGAGAUUUUAAUUAACUACUGGAAAUCCUUAACCAGUUGCAAUAGUUUGUAGGGGGGAAAAAAAUGCCAUGAUAGCACCUUAAUGUUUUUCCUCUUCAUUUUCAAAGUGAUUUUGGUUGCUUUGAUUAGAUAUUCUGUGCUGAUUUUUUUUUUUGUACCCAGAGCUCAUUUGAACACAGCUGAACUUAAAAAUUUUUUUAACCUAAAGAUAGAAUUCCAUUUUAAAUGACCUUAAAGUAGCAAAACCACUACUUUUAUUUUUUUCAUUCCUUUAGGAAAUAGCUAUUGCCAAAGUGAAGGAGUAAACACUGUUUCGUCUUGUUAUAUAAAGGUGAUGUGGUUUGCAGAGGAAUUGUUCUCUUAAUAAAGUUGGAGUUUCAAGGGUUAUCAGUGUUCAUCUAUGCUAUCUCUCCAGUUCCAAAAUGGUUCUAUUCCAUUUUAGAAAUUUGAAAUAUGUAAUUUGAAAUCCUUAAUAAAAUUUGCAUUUAAUUUUAUAAAAUGUACUGGUGAUAUUUUGGGUGUUUUUUUUUGUUUUUUUUUUUUGUUUUAAGUGACUGCUUUUUUUUGGAAGAACACAGAGUAGAGAUGUUUAGAAUAGGUGGCCUGUAAAUUUCAAAUUAUGAGCAAACUCCCAAGGACUGCUAAAUGGAGUUUGUUACUGGAAGACUAGAAGGAAAGUCCACAGUUCUACAGAUUUUACUCUGAGUUAACCGUAGAUUUUUUUGAGACACUUCAAAUUUUAUCUUUAUAUUACAUUUUCAGUUUGUAGUUUUCUCUAGCCCAGGCACUGGCUGCCAAGAAGUUCUCUCAUUUUUUUUUUUCUCUAGAAAUGAUAAAAUCCAAUAUGAUCACCUAAAAAGUAAUACUGUGAAAACAUUUUUUUGACAUUUUAUGGUUAUUCAAAUAUGGUAAGUAAACAGAACACCAGUUCCAUAAAUUGUUAGUUUGUAGUUUAACAUGGGUGUCUGAAAGAAAAGAAUUCUGAGAAAUUACAUAAAUUGAUCUGGAUCACUGGAGCAGUAUUAGUGUUUGUGAUAAAAAUGUCUUUAAUUGUAUGGAAUUAAAUGGGAUUCUGCCUCUUUUUAGCUCAUUUAAUAACAAAUACACCUUGAAAAGGAGGUUAUAGCUUUGAUAGAAAUAUUUUCAUUCUGUGAAUAGGUUGACAUUGAUUGGUAUAUGAUAAGCCCCCUAAGAUAACUGAAUUAACUUUAUAUUACUGCUGCUUGUAAGACAGUAUCAAUUUGUGGGUUUAUCUGAGUUGUAGACCAUUUCCAUUGAAAACAUUAAACUUUGAAUUAUUGUUUGUGAAAACUUUAUUGUACCAUGCAGAAAUAUUACACUGUUUAAUAUUCAAAUAUUCUUUGAAUGGUUUCAGGACUCAAUUUAGAAUUCCAGUUCAUUUUUAUGGGUUAGUCCUAUAAAAAUUUUAGCCUUUAUUUUUUACUUUAAAUCAAUCCAGAUGUUAUUUUAAAUGUAUAGAAUAAAUGGAUAGCUUAGAGGAAGCACAUACAUUUCUUUAUAGGAACCUUAGAAAGGAAAAAUCACAUGCUAAUUUAGUUUUUUAACAAAUCUGCACUGUAUAUAUAUAUUUGGUAAUUGUAAACUGGAUUUUGUUUUGAAAAUACGUGUUCAUUAUUUAAUCAGCUUAACGUGUUCAUUAUUUAGAUAAUUUGCUACUUAAAGCACUAAGUCUCUAAUAGAAAAUGUGAAUGAUAACAGUGGAAUUAACUGAGCUUAAUUUAAUCAUUGUAUAGUGAUUUUGUAUACUGGUUUCAAAAUCCAGGUAUUAAACUAUAACUUGAGCAAAAAAACAAGUUCUUGGACUGAUUAAGGACCACUUCAGAGAAAUGAAAACAUCUUUGUUGGAAUGUGAAUUAUUUAAGGAUAAGUGUUUAUCCAUGAGAAAUUUUAAUUGAUGUAUUCAGUUAAUUAUAUUUUUAAAAAGUGCA